AUUUAUGUUAAUGGAUAAUUAAAUCAUUUCUUUAGUAUAUUAUUCAACGAAUUUUCAUUAUAUUCGGAUCUAUACAACUUUUUUAAAGGGCAUAGCAACUAAAAGAGAAAGAAGAAGAAAGGGGGGAACUAACUCAAUCUAAUUCAUCAUCAUUUGGCUACUAAUAUCUAAUUUGCUUAAUCACAGGCAGUUCUACUAAACAUAGGACGGACUUUAUAUGAUCUGAUCUAUGAAUAAUUUAUUCAAUUUGACAUUACUAUAGAGUUGGAUUUAUUGUUGAUGUUAUUAUUAGAUCAUCCGAUGAUCCAAAUUCUGUGGAAUAUAUUAUAAACUCAAUUGUGGAUAAUAUAUAUAUAUACAAAGAAGAAAUGAAAGUGAAAAACAAGCGUCCAUAUAACCGAUCAGAGACGUGUACACGUAGUAGUAGUAGUAGUUCUCAUAGUAACACAACUUCUGGAACUAAUAAUACAUCAGUAUACAUUCCUAAUAAAUUGAAUGAACCAUUAGAUCAAUCAGAUAAUAACUAUUCUCCCUUGACAAGUAAUACAUUAAACAACAACAACACUAAUGAUGAUGAUAAUCUAAAUAAAAGUCAUAAGAAAGCUUGUAAUUCAACUAAUAAAAAUGCCAAGACACGUCAUAAAUCAAGUAAACAUACGAAUUCAUCAUCAUCAACGUCAACAUCAUCAUCAUCAUUAUCACCUUCCAAUUCAAGUAAUACUACUAAUAGUAGUACUGUAUCACAACUAAGUGGAACAUCCUUAAAAAUCACUCAUCGUGGUGGACGUACACAUGUAUCAUCUGUAAAUCCCAGUAGUAGUCAGACUAAUAACAAUUCGAUAUCGAAUACAAUACGUUUAUCUAAUUCCAAGACAAAUUGUUGUUCAUUAAAUAAUUGUUCAUCAUCUACAUCAACUACAUCAUCUAGUGGAAUUAAUGAAUCAGUUGAUCCAUAUGAAUUUGCUGUAAAAACUGAUGAAUCAAUGAAUCAAUGUGGAUUGAAUGAUAGUUUAAUACCAAUUAAACGAUUAAAAUUAGAAAGAAAUGAUGAACGAUGUAAUGUGCUCACUACUGAUUCAGCUAGAAGUAGUCCAAUGUUACAUACUACUACUACAAUCAAUAAUACUAAUCGUAGUGAUAAUUCCUUCAAUCAUUCAAGUCCUGGUUCCAAUUCUUCACCACUUGCUCAAUCCUGUACACGUCCAUUGUCUGUAUUCACUGAUUUCUCUAGUUCAAAUAAUAACAACACUAAUACUAUUGCUACUACUACUACUAAUAAUAACAUUAAUGAAAGUGGGAUUACACGUCGUAAAUCAGAUACUGUAGAUGCUACUGCUAUUAGUACUACUGACAACAUGACGAUAAAUUCAUCUACAUCAUUAUCACCUCAUAAUUAUUAUACAUGUAGUGAGAUCAAUGCAAAUAUGUCAAUUACAUCAGAUUCACUAAUGUCAUUCCCGACACAGUCAAAGUUGACUGAGACUAGAGCUGAAACUCCAUCUACCAUACCAGCUAGUGACCCUUCAUUAUGUGAUACUACAUCCAUUGUCAUUACUUCUGCUGAUAAGAAUAAAAGUGAUAAUACAUCUGCUAAAAGCAAUCGCAAUAUUGACACUAUUAAUACUACUACUACUACUAAUGAUAAUAGUCAGACAUUAAGUAGUAUGAACAAUCCUUCAUCUUUUACAUCGAAUAAAAUGUUGAAUAAUUUGGAUAAAACUCACCCACCAGAAACAUGGAUUAUUUCACAUUCCCCCGCCUCUUCCUCUUUCUCCUGUUCCCAACCACCAUCUCCACCACCGCCACCAUUAGCAAUGACGAUGACAACGACAGUGAUGUUAUCGCAACUGGGAUCGAAUAGUUUACUCUCAUCUUCAUCAUCAAUACAAUCUUCAGUAAAAUCGCCAUUGAUGAUAUCAUCAACUACUACCUCAACAUUAUCACCUAUCACCACCUCCCUUUCCUUCUCCUCUUCUCCAUCGUCAUCCCAGUUAGCAACAACAUCAUUCAUUCCUUCUAGUCAACAAUAUACGACGUCAUCGUCGUUAACUACUACUACUACUACCAACACAACUGUUCCAACAAUUAUACCAGAACGACGAUGUACCGGUGUCAAUACUCUACUAGAUAAUUCCAAAGCUACAUUAACUGAACCAGAUUUAUUAGGACCAUGUGAACCAGGCACUACAAUUUGUUUAAAUGGAAUUGUUUGGUUAGAAACUACAACUGGAGUAUUAGUUGUCAAUGUGACAUGGAGAGGUCGAACUUAUAUUGGUACUUUAUUAGAUGCAACACAACAUGAUUUUGCUCCACCAUGUCCACGAGAUUAUGUACCUCCAUUUAAAUCAUCCAUACGAUCUAGUAAUCGUACAAAACGUCGAACUGGAGUUGGAACAAAUUAUAAACCAAAUUUAACUAAUCAUCUUACAACAAAUGAUUGUAAUUGGAAAUCUACUACAAAUGGAAGACAUCGACUACGUGGCCGAGCUUCAAAUUCACCUGCAGUCAAUAAUAAUAAUGGUAAUGGUAUUGAAACUAUUUCCACAACAAAUCGAUGCAAUACACAUCAUCUAACAAAAAUUGAUACAGAGAAAGAAUUAAUCAAUGAUAAUGUUAUUCAAGAAGAUACUGAUAUAAUUCAAUGUCUUCCUCAUGUAUCUGAUGAAGAACACCUAACACGAAGUAGUAGUAAUAAUCGAAAAUCUAAAUUACAUAAUAAAAGUCGUAAACUAUUUCGAGGUAGUAGUACAUCAUCAAGUGAUUGUCCAUCAGAAAUUCUACCAGAUCUUGAAAAAUUAUCUGAAAUUGGAGAUUUCCCCGGUAAAACUGAUGGAAUUUUAUGUGAUCCACCAAAUCCUGAUCAUUCUCGACCCCAGACUCCAUCAUGUAUGAGCAAUAAUACUAUCAACCCUGAUAAGAAUAGUAAUGAUCAUGUUUGUUUUGAAGAAAAUGAUGAACUGCAUGAAACCUUUCCAAUUGGUUGUCCAAUUGAUGGUUGUAAAAAACGUUUCUCACAUGUUUUAGCUUUACGUUUUCAUUUAAAUCAUACAUCACAUUGUAAUUUAUUAGAUUCACAUAAGAAACGUCCUUCUAGUAUUGAUUUAAAGAAACAAGAUAUCAUGGAUACCACUUCUAUUAUGACUAUGACAACUACUACUGAUACUAAUGAUAAUAAGAAUAAUAACAGUGCAGAGAAUGGUAGUUCAACAUAUUUAAAGUGUCCACCAACUAUUUCACCUUGUCAACCUUCCAGUUCAUCCCCACUAUCCAUAGGAAUAACAACUUCAGGUCUAUUGAAUUCAUUUAGUGGACCAUUAUUACCAUCAUCGUCGUCGUCGUUACAACAACAACAAUUAAAGCAAGAAUCCAAUCUAUAUGAUCCACAAAGUUGUCCAGUACUACAAUCCACAUCUGAAUAUCAUCGUGAUACAAUGUCUAUACCUUUACAACAAAUGAAUAUGUCUACUCAUCAUCAUAAUUAUAAAUUGUAUCAUAAAAAUGAACAGAAGUUAUUUGAUAUGAACUUGUCAAAUGAUUAUGUCAAUGUAAUAAAGAAUAGUAAUACUACUAAUGAUAAUAAUAAUAGUGAUAGUAGUAUGAAUAGUGUAAUGCAUUCCGUUAGUAAACAACGGAAUAAUGAAAUGAAUAAACAUUCUGGCAGUAAAAAACGUUCAUCUACAUCCAUGUCAUCUAAUAACAAUAAUAAUCCAAUUAUUGAUAUCACUUCAUUGAAUAAUGUACGUACAGUAACAGCGCAUACAGUAUCCGUGCCUCAUGGUUCAUUAGAUAUUGUUGGUAAUUUAAAUUCCCGAUCUAAUCAACAACAUCAACAUCAUCAUCAUGGACAGCAACAAAAUCAUCAAACUAACAAUGGUAAUUCAUUUCCCUACUCGAAGCGAACAACUCCAACAUCAUCAACUACUCCACGUGAUUUCAGUAGUAAACAUAAAGGGGGACAACAACAAUUAUCCAAUAAAUUGUCUUAUCCAAAUAUGAAAAUCGAUAAUAAUCAUAACAAUUCUACAGUGAUGAACUAUUCUCGUUACAGUAGUGGUAGUACCCAACAUUAUGGUAGUUUAGAUCAACAAUCAAUAAAAAGUGAAUUAAGCAAUGAUUAUAUGAUAAAUUUAACAAUGUGUCAUACUACUACUGCUACUAAUAUGAGUACCAUGUCGAAAUUGAAGAAUCUAACAGUUAAUCAGCAAGAAUUGAAUACAUCACUAUCUAAUAACAAUAUGAUCCCAUCGUUCCUUCUUCAAAAUGCAUGGAAUCUUCAAUUGCCAACUUCAUCUACAUACACACAAUCUAUGCCAUUAUCAUUUAAUAAUAGUAAUAAAGAGGAUGAAUCGAAAUCUACCAUAAACUCAUUAACUAACGGUUUACCAUCUUCAUUAUAUCUCUCGACAUAUUCAAAUAUGCCAACGCUUACUUCUUCCGGUAGCGUUGUUAAUAACAGUCCUAUAAACACUAUGCCAUGUUCAUCUACACCGUCAUUAUCCAUGUAUGAAAUGUCUACAGCAUCACAACCAUUCAAUGAUUCCAAACAAUAUAUUCCGUCUAAUCAUCAUCAUCCAUUUGGUACUUCAAAUCAGAGUGCAGAUUUGAAUACUACUACUACUAAUAAUAAUAAUACUAGUAGUAUGUAUUAUGGUAUCCCCGAUUUCUUAGUUGCUGCUUUAAGUACGUUAGCAUCAAAUGCUUCAUCAUAUUCUUGUAUACCGGAACCUUUUAAAUCGUAUUUUAAUCAGAAUUCUUUAAUGAACAAUACUACUAAUCCUAUCAAUACUACUCAUUUGAAUAGUAAUGGUAAUUCUAUCAGUAAAGUAACUAAUUUAUCCUCUUCAAAUAUGUCACCAUCAAAUUCAGGUAUAUUGGAUGGUACAAUUAAUAAUCGAUUUUUUAAUCCACAAUUCUUUCAAAAUUAUGGGACUAAUCUUUCAAAUGUACAAAAUUUUCAAUCAUUUAAUCAUAAUAAUGGUGGUGGUGCUGGUAAUGUAACUUUAAAUCCGGAAAGAUUAGAUCCAUUGAAAUUAUCUGCAGCCUACUUGAUGCAAUAUACAAAUCCAGAUACUACACAAUUAUUAUCAUCCUCAGUAUCAUCAUCAUCGGUAACAUCAACUUAUGGGAAUAGUAUAUUACCAUGA